UUCACGUUGGUUCUUUUUGACAUUUCGAGUUAAAAGGACACGCGAACGUAGGCAAAAUUUAGCCUUCGUUCGGUUUCUUUUACUAGUUAUGUCUCGGAAUAAACAACAUGAGGAGACUGACAAACUCACACGUAUUGCGAUCGUGAAUGCCGACCGUUGUAAGCCUAAAAGAUGUAGGCAGGAGUGUAAGAAAAGCUGCCCGGUGGUGCGUAUGGGCAAGCUAUGCAUCGAAGUAACACCCAACGAUAAAAUAGCCACAAUAUCCGAGGAACUUUGCAUCGGUUGUGGUAUUUGUGUCAAGAAAUGUCCCUUUGAUGCAAUCACUAUCAUCAACAUCCCAUCCAAUCUGGAGAAGCAUACCACUCAUCGGUAUUCUAAAAACUCUUUCAAACUGCAUCGUCUCCCAAUCCCCCGUCCAGGAGAAGUGCUGGGGUUAGUAGGACAGAACGGUAUUGGCAAGUCCACUGCCUUGAAGAUUCUUGCUGGUAAACAAAAACCCAACUUGGGUAGAUAUGCAGAUCCUCCGGAUUGGCAGGAGAUUCUCUCUCAUUUCCGUGGCUCAGAGCUACAGAACUACUUCACCAAGAUCCUUGAAGAUGAUUUGAAGGCUCUCAUCAAGCCACAAUAUGUGGAUCAGAUUCCGAAGGCUGUGAAAGGAACUGUAGGACAAUUGCUUAAUAAAAAAGAUGAUAGAAAGAACCAGGCAAUUAUUUGUGAAAUGCUGGAUUUGACCCAUAUUCGUGAUCGUGAAAUCGCCGCAUUGUCUGGUGGAGAGCUCCAACGCUUUGCGUGUGCGAUGGUGUGCAUUCAGAACGGUGAUAUCUUCAUGUUUGAUGAGCCAUCUUCCUAUUUGGAUGUAAAGCAACGUCUUAACGCUGCCCGCACAAUCCGGUCUCUAAUACAUCCAGACAAAUUUAUUAUUGUAGUGGAACAUGACUUGUCUGUGCUGGAUUAUUUGUCAGAUUUUAUAUGCUGCUUAUAUGGUGUACCUGGUGCUUAUGGUGUUGUGACUAUGCCUUUCUCCGUUCGAGAAGGUAUAAAUAUUUUCCUUGAUGGUUUUGUACCCACAGAGAAUAUGAGAUUCAGAACUGAAUCUUUAGUAUUCAAAGUUGCGGAGUCUGCUACUGAAGAAGAGAUUAAAAGAAUGAAUCACUAUGAGUAUCCCGAGAUGUCUAAAAAAAUGGGCGACUUUGGCCUUAAGGUGAUGCCUGGUGAAUUCUCGGACUCGGAAAUUUUAGUAUUACUAGGAGAAAAUGGGACUGGAAAAACUACAUUUAUCAGAAUGUUAGCCGGCAACUUGGAGCCGGAUGAAGGAUCGGGCCAAUUACCGCAGUUGCACAUUAGUUAUAAGCCACAGAAAAUAUCCCCCAAGUCCCAAGGCUUGGUCAGAAGCUUGCUGCAUGAUAAAAUAAGAGAUGCAUAUGUCCAUCCACAGUUUAUCACAGAUGUGAUGAAACCGAUGAAAAUAGAAGAAAUAAUGGACCAAGAGGUACAGAACUUGUCUGGUGGUGAAUUGCAGCGGGUAGCGUUAGUGCUGUGUUUGGGAAAACCUGCAGAUGUCUACCUUAUUGAUGAACCUUCAGCUUAUCUUGAUUCCGAACAGCGUUUGGUUGCAGCUAAAGUUAUAAAGCGGUUUAUCCUUCAUGCGAAACGAACAGGCUUUGUGGUAGAGCACGAUUUCAUAAUGGCGACAUACCUCGCUGACCGGGUCAUAGUAUUUGAGGGUACUCCAUCUUCGUUCGCGACUGCGCAUGCGCCGCAAUCCUUGCUCAACGGGAUGAACAGAUUCUUGGAACUUCUCGGCAUCACAUUCAGGCGAGACCCCAAUAACUUCCGGCCUAGGAUCAAUAAACAUGCCUCUGUUAAGGAUAUGGAACAGAAAAGGGCAGGCCAAUACUUCUUCUUGGAGGAUUAAACUAUUGGCUUAUGUAUACCGGAGUAAUGUCACAAUUGUAUUGAACAUCCUGCCGUCAAUGUAUUUACAUUUUAAUAAAAUGAAUAUUAAUGCAAUUAAAUCAAUUUUAUACGAA